AUAGAGGAUGUGGUUUUGGUAUUUGCGUUUGUGAUGGGAAGUUCUCGUCGAACAUCCAGUACCGGAAAGUUUUAAAGUAUUUAUUAUAGUAUGAGCGUCCCGGACUAUUCCCAGAGUGCCGAAGACCACCAGUGUCUACUGGUGGUUGUAAAACUAAUUGGCACCCAGAUAAAGUCGAAGUCAUAUCACCGACUUUUUGAACGCAUUUCAAGACUCCAACAUGUACGUAUUCCGGGCCAACAGCGCAGUAUGUGGCUGCGUUAUAGGAAAUCAUACACUACCGAUAGCAAUGAAUGGGGUGAUUUCCAAGCACACCGAAAGGCUAUGGGUCUUGUGUGCCUUGGAAAGUGUACGUCAAAUUCUGAUGUGGAGGCCUUGACCAAAGAUUAUAAAGAGAUGAAGCGAUAUUACUCACAGACACUCUUUGACUCUCGAUGUCUCCUGUUUGGAGUAUCGGCUGAGGAAACAGACUCAGUUGACGACAAGGAUUCGGGUGUGGGAGUUGACAAGAAUGGCGUAGAGGAGUUGCUAUCACCAUCGUCUGAUGUUGUUGGUACCUGCCUUGAUCAACUUGACACCAAGAAUGAUAGCAUACAGGAUGAGAAACGUGGCAUGGUUAAUGAAGCUCGGCAAGAUUCCUGGAGUGGCGUGAUAGUCUACCCUAGUUCUGAACACUGUGGACAGUUGGAGGAACACCUGAAGGAAUUUGCAUGCUCACUCUUUUGGGUCUUGGAGUCUAAAGUCUUGGAUCGGACUUACGAAAAGUCAGACAAACUGCCACUGCUGAUGGCACCAUUUGAGAAAUCGGAAGGAGUGACAAUUGAUCAUGAAGGAAGAGCUUUUAAGAAGCGGUGCCAGGGAAGACUAAGGAAGCAGAUGGGUGACUUGAACUUGAUGGCAGGGUUACCCGGAGAAGCCAUUUCUCAUUACAAUGCAGCGAUUGAGAAUUUAAAGUCUGUGAAUGACUGGCUGUGGCUAGGAGGUGCAUUGGAAGGACUCUGCACUUCAUCUGCUGUCAUCCUGUAUCCUGAGCCGCAAAAAGCUGGCCAGCUGACACGCAACUCCUCUUUUGGUGGCAGUGGUGACCUGCUAAUGGCAGCGAGUCAGCACACCAGACGUAGAUCAGGAUUUCUCAAACCAAAUAAGAAAGCAGGUAGCUUUACAUCGUCAAGCCUUCCUAAUGGCAUAGACAGGUAUGAUUACAAAAUCAAGAACUGCCUCACCCCAGAAGAAGUCAUUGAAAAGUACAAGGAGGUUGUUCUGCACUAUAGCAAGUUUAAAGCAGCUGGUAUCAUCGAGACAGAAGCAAGCAUUAAAGCCACACGAAUUCUAAUUAUUCAACAGAAAAACUUGCUUGCCUCAGAGUUCCUCAAAAACGUGCUGUUCAUCAACCUGCAGCUUGCUGAUGAUGAGAAGAUUCAACGAUAUUGUGCAUUGUCUCAGCUUUAUAGCCAGAUAGGAAUGGAGAGAAAAGCAGCAUUCUUUAAGCGUGUUGCUGCAAUGCAAUGUGUCGCACCUCAUAAUCCUAACCCAGCAUGGGCACAGUGCUACCAUUUGCUGCUUGAGACGCUGAAGGGCUACAAGCUGUCGCUGGAUCCAAAGGAUGCACCUCGUGGCUGCUCGGUUGGCUGGCCUGUCAUACAGAUACGACUGCUGCACGAACUCGUCGUCACUGCCAAACGCAUGGGAAACACUGCCAUCGCCAUAAGGCACAUGCAGUUCCUUCUACAUCAAAUGAACCAGCACUUGACAGAUGACGAGAGAAAAGAGAUGGCAGUCAUGCUGGAGAGUUACACAGCCAAGGCCGAGGGAGGUCCUAUCCCUCUGGUAUUAGACAGUGGAAUUAUUCUGCCACCUGUGCCAUUCACUAGGCUCCCAAUUGUUAGGUCGUUCAAGCUGCAGAAUCUUGCACCACAUCUAAAACCUCACAGCAAGGCAAAGAAAAAUAUGCCAGCACCAAUAAACAAGAGCCCCUUCAUAUACUCUCCAAUUCAGUUUGGCAGCAUAGGCCGGAGCAAAUCAAAAAUAGAGUUUGAGUGGGCAGAGAGUGAUGUGUGUGAGGUGACUAUGCAGGUGUACAACACGAUGCCCUUUGAACUAAAAGUCGAUAAUAUGAGCUUAUUGUCGGAAGGAGGUCAACUGGAGACGUUCCCUUCCUCCCUCUCCUUGCCAGCGAACUCUGGUCCAUAUCCUGUCAACUUGCUGUCCUGUCCACAGGGAGCAGGAGAACUAAAGAUAAUAGGCUACUCUGCCACUGUGCUGGGUGUUAGAAGCCACUGUCGUCUACGUGAUCUACCACAAUUCAAGCAGCAGAAGCAUAUGGUUCAGGUUGCGCCGGCACUGCCGAAGCUCCAGGUGCAAACCUCUUUAGCCAAGUCGGCAACUUUCACCAGUCUGGCUGACUGUGGCAGCAUAGUAACCAGCGGCUCUAUAAGCUUGUAUGCUGGGGAGAGCCAAGACUGCACAUUGUCGCUUAGCAACAUUUCAAGGCAACCUAUCGAAUCUAUAGAGCUUUCCCUCGACUGCAAACUUAGUAAAAGGAAAGCAAGUAAAUUCUUCCAUUGGGACAAUUCACGUAUAAUGUCUGUACUACCUAUAGAGCCAGAGAAGAGUGCGGUUAUGAAUCUGUGUAUCACAGCUGUAUCUGACUUUCUGGCUAAAGAGAAGGUUCAAACUGAUGAAGAUGCCAGCAGGGGAGACCUAUCCAGAAAGAAUAGUUCGGUCAGUUUUUGUGGCCCUUGUGACACGUAUCCUACUAAGACGGUGGAGGCUAUCCUCAAAUUCGAGUACACAGGUGGAGCGGGCAUGGUCGGGCAGUACUACAGGGAGUGUUCUGUUUCCCUCCACGUUGAAGUCCUGCCAUCCCUGCUGUUCACAAAAUGGGACGUUCUGCCGGCAGAAAUACCCUGCAUGUGCUAUCUAGUAUUCGAUAUCCUCAACACAACCGACCAUGAAAUGGAGAUUUACUACAGUGACAGCAAGUGUGUGAUCAUUGAAGCAGACGAAACAAGCAGAAUCCCGUAUCAGGUCGAACGCUGCCCGCUGGCCAAGAUUCUGAAGCUGAUGAGCAAUGAUACAAGCAUCGACAGCAUCUGCAGGCAACACGUCGCCGACCUUGUCGACAUACGAUGGCAGUCUCCAACGCUAGAAACUGGUGGAGAAGCAUCCAUCGCAGACAUACCGUGGAGUGGUUCGAUGGUGGAUAUGAUUCGUAUGUCUCCGAUAGAAUGGGAGAUCUCGCUUAACGGCCAAGUAUGCAAAUCGACUGAAGAGAACAGCUACAGGGUUGGUCAGCCUGUGAUUCUCACUGUCUCCAUCAACGCUUAUACAGAGUUCUUUCAUGAUGACAUAACAUUGAACAUUCAGUGCUACCAGGACCACCAGAACGGAGUCCUAGAUUACAUGCCCAUGGACAAGUUUAGCAUCGUAGGCAGCAGGACACUACAGAUAAGUCAGGCCUGCCUCAAGGAGACGUUCGAGCAUCAGUGCAGCCUGCUGUUCUUCUGCAGCGGUCAGUUCAAGCUGGACGUGUUCUGCAGCAGUAAGACUGUGCAGGAGGACACGAGCCCCAGCACGAUCCACACGUGGAAAUGUACGCCCGUUAUCGACCUUGGCGUCUCAGACGACUGAUCAAUGCCUCAAGCAGCGCAUCCACAGCAGGGUUGUCUCAGGUGACUGAUCAAUGCCUCAAGCAGCGCAGCGACAGCCGAGGCGUCUCAGACGACUGAUCAAUGCCUCAAGCAGCACAGCGACAGCAGGGUUGUCUCAGACAACAGAUCAAUGCCUCAAGCAGCACAGCGACAGCCGGGUUGUCUCAGGUGACUGAUCAAUGCCUCAAGCAGCGCAUCCACAGCUGGGGCGUCUCAGACAACAGAUCAAUGCCUCAAGCAGCACAGCGACAGCCGGGGUGUCUCAGGUGACUGAUCAAUGCCUCAAGCAGCACAGCGACAGCCGGGGUAUCUCAUGUGACUGAUCAAUGCCUCAAGCAGCGCAGCGACAGCCGGGGUGUCUCAAGUGACUGAUCAAUGCCUCAAGCAGCACAGCGACAGCUGGGUUGUCUCAGGUGACUGAUCAAUGCCUCAAGCAGCGCAUCCACAGCCGGGUUGUCUCAGACAACUGAUCAAUGCCUCAAGCAGCGCAUCCACAGCCGGGUUGUCUCAGGUGACUGAUCAAUGCCUCAAGCAGCGCAGCGACAGCCAUGGUGUCUCAAGUGACUGAUCAAUGCCUCAAGCAGCGCAGCGACAGCCAGGGUGUCUCAGACAACAGAUCAGUGCCUCAAGCAGCGCAGCGACAGCCGGGGUGUCUCAAGUGACUGAUCAAUGCCUCAAGCAGCGCAGCGACAGCCGGGUUGUCUCAGGUGACUGAUCAAUGCCUCAAGCAACACAGCGACAGCCGGGGUGUCUCAGGUGACUGAUCAAUGCCUCAAGCAGCGCAGCGACAGCCGGGGUGUCUCAGACGACUGAUCAAUGCCUCAAGCAGCGCAGCGACAGCCGGGGUGUCUCAGACGACCUGGAGGGCAAUGUCGACAUCAGCGGCAACAGCAGCAGUGGGGAUUGCAGUUGUGUUGACAGUGUGACUCCACGGUGAGGGGGAAGGGGUGGAUGGUUCAGAUGGUCACUGGGCCACACUCGAUGCUGUCGUGAAGGAUGGGCUCUCAGUUCGUGGUGGCGCAGAUUUGCGGGUCAGUGUUUCCUGUGUUCGCGAGCAGCUUGGGUACAUGUCAGGGGAAAUCACCCAGUUAGCAUCUCGUUUCGCAAGCACUAGGAACGCCGGGGCGAUGCGUUGUUCGGGUCAGAGAUAGUAAUGCAUACUUAAUAGUAGGGCUUCACCGUGGAGGCAGACGCAUGACUCAAAUGUUGCCAGCUAGCAGCAAGAAACUAGUGUCUUUUCUAGAGAAAUCGCCAGUGAAGAGGCUUCACUUGUUCUAAUGUGCAGCUUAUUAAAUGAGGGUUCAGACUCCUGUUUAGCUGACUUCAUACCGUCACUACACAGCUAUUUGCGGUUGUGUGCUUGCGCGCGCUUUGUGUACGUACCACCCUGAUAAUAAGUCUCAUUUCGAAAAAAUGAAAUGUUGAAUCGAGAAGCUCAUAAAUUAACGAUGUAAAUAAAUUCUGUAACGAGAGCUUCUGUUUCAAAUAUUGAAGUAAGGUUUGGAGAUUACAUGGUGAUAUAAAAGUGUUCAUUAAACUGAGAAAUCACAAUUAGUUGACAGUUUGACGUGGUGAUAUUAGAAGGGCAGAAUGGCAAAUAGAGAGGGAGAUAGAGAGAAUGACAGACAGAGAACGGUGGGGAGCGGGGCAGGCAUGUGUGCGUGCAAUCCUUUGUGAUUGUGUGUGCGUGCGUGCGUGCAUGCGUUAAAGCUAGAUAGCUAGCAUGUAUAGAUAGCCAGUAACGCGCCUUGGCACGUGUUUGUCUUAGUAGCUAUCUAGUCGCUUGUUAAUGCUCUUAGUCGACUGGAAGCCUUUGGACCUGCCCUGAUUUGCAGCUAAUCUGGGUUGACAUUUUGAAUUCGUUGGCUCCGCAUUUCGCGUCUGUCUUCGAGCAGUUCGUUCGCGUUGCGGCGCGACAUGCUGUUAGCAACACGAACACGCAGCAGAAUGCUUGCGUUACAGUUUUCGUCUGUAACUAGUCUGAUUUAAAACGCAGGCCUAAUGCGCGUCACGUGCACCGCGCGAGUUUUCGGCGUGGGCACAGCGCGGGAGAUGUGACGGAUGCGUUCUUGCAGGCCUCUCCCCAAGGGAUGAAUCCUGUGUGUAGUGUAACACCCACCCGCCGAUGUCAGUCGCUCGGCUGACAGACAGGCUGUGCUUGCUAACAACUCAUUAUAUAUAGCAGCAAACUGAAUUAAGACACCUACACGCUAGACAUAGCAAAACCUGCCUUGGCGUAAAACCUGCGGCGCGUUACAGCGUUACGCGUGCGUAAUUUGUGCGCUAGACGUUUCCUUUGACUAGGGAGAAAACCUCGCCAGACUAGGAUCUGGGUGCGAGCAACUGAUUCAGCACGCUCGACUGCUCGUGAAUGUUAUCGAAGCGCAUCAAAAUUAAGCCUCGAUCUUCCUGUGUGCUCCGGAGAGCUGUUUUUAAAUUUCAAUCUCGACACUUCUUGCGGAGGUUCAUUCACCUUCAUUAGGCGAACGACUCGGCUAGAUCUGCUAAAUGUGCUUUUCUCCCCGUCCCAUAUACCUUCGGAAAAACCGGGUUAUCGUAAAGGUUGGAGGGCCAGUAGCAUAUUUUAGUCUGAAGCCGAAAAUAGGUCGCGUGGAACCAAAACUUUGAUAAAUCGGAACCGGAACCGCAAUGGUGACAUUAUAUGCUUGCACUCGCGAUGAGGCCGAAUUCGUUGACCAAGGAACUUUAGAAUGCAGGUCGAUUUUCUUACGUGUCAAUAUCAUCCGUAAGUAGUCGAAAAUGCUGUCUCCGUCUAUAACCGAUACCCAGCAGACAGUGAAACACUGCACACAUGUAGGUUGAUGUAAUUAUACUGUUAGUCUUGCGACAGCCAGGCCGUAUUUCACACCGAAAUUGUUUGCGUGCGCUGUAUUUAUCUACGACCAUUCCAAUCCGUCUGUGUGAUGUCCCCGCGAAGAUCUUUCAGAGUGGGCGCCAUUUCCGAUUUGCGGCUGUCCUAUCGAAUAGAAAUCGAAUAAUCUUUCUGUAACGAGAUUUUAUUAGAUGAGAAGAAAUUAAACGGAAAUCAAACGCGCUACAAUUACAAAAAUGCUCUGUCAGCGUUGAGAUUUGCGGGACGUGCAUCGUUGUUGCCGCCGCACACACGAUGCACGGUCGGCAGCAGUCUCCCCCUAUAACCGCCGCUGGUUGGAGACACACGAGUGUAUGUCUGAGCAGCAUGUCAGCAUCUCUCUCUCUCUCUCUCUCUCUCUCUCUCUCUCUCUCUCUCUCUCU